CGACAUUGUUGUUCCAUAUGUCAUCGACGGUUCAAUCGUCCCAGUGCUCUUCAAACUCAUAUUUAUACACAUACUGGAGAAAAGCCAUUUAAAUGUAAUGUGAUUGGAUGUGGUCGUCGAUUUUCAGUGGUGAGUAAUCUUCGAAGACAUUCUAGAGUUCAUGAUCGA